AUGCAGAAUCCAUGGAGAGUUCCAAGCUCUGCCUCCGGUCCUUUCCCGUCGACGUCCACCGCUGGUGAACUCCCUCCGCCCCUCCACCCUCCGCCCGCCCCCCCUGACCCGCCCUCCUCCCUAUCUCCCCUUACAUUCCCUCCCCUUUCUGCCACUUCUCCCUCAACUAAGUCUAAACCUAAAACUGCCUUGGUCCCCUCUUCAAAAGGGAUCCUGGAAAUUCCUUCUACUACUUCUUCUCAGAUCUUGGACGUCACUAUGAUGCCUCAAGAGGAUUUGGAAAGCUUACCCCUCCCGUUACAAACUAACCAUGAAAAUGGAUCUGUUACUUUCCUGAACACUAAAUUGGCUCCUGUCAUCUCUUUUGGAAACCAAAUUAACUCUACUCUUUCUCCUUCAAAAAACCUAUCUUGUACCUCAGAUAGUUCUCCAUCUUCUCCUCCCUGUAUCCCUUCCUUAAACACUACUCUUCCCCCAAACCCUAACCCUAACUAUUCAGUUAUUCUCCCCAAUCAUUCCUCUCCUCUCCUCACUAACAGAGCAUCAUCUCCUGCUACCCAUCAAACCAACUCUGCUCCCACCCUCCCCUCAUCCACCUCGCCUGAACCACCUCAAAUUCCUCCUCCUCUAGCCUCCUCUCCUCCUGCAAACCCUGUACCUUCACUAGCUGAAAAGCUUCGCGUUUCUGAGAGCAAGCUCCUCACCCGUCUAGCUCCUGCCCCCACUUCUCUCUCUGAAACUGGGCGUCCUCGAAUCUUGAUCCCUGAUCAUGUUUUUGAGAAAGGUGCUGAGAUACACAAAGAUUUCAUAGUGUGCUACUACAAUGGCAAACCGCCACCUUUUCAUCAGAUUCAGAGUGUGCUAAACUAUAUGUGGGGAAAAGGAAAAAAGCUAGAGAUUCACAAUAACCCACUGAACAGAUCAACACUCGUAAGGAUCACAAGUGAGUACCUUCGCCAGAAGAUCCUUGAGAAGUGCAUCUGGUACAUUGGUGACUCAAUGUUUCACACUGCCCAGUGGACCUCCGAACACUCUAUGUCAACUCCUCCACUUAAGGCCAUCCGUAUCUGGGCACAUCUGACAGGAGUCCCUCUUGACCUGCGAUACAAUAAAGGUUUAAGCUUAGUUGCUGGCCUGAUUGGUGAACCUAAAGAGACUGAUGAUUUUACAAAAAAUUUGGUCAGUUUAACAGUUUCGCAUGUCAAGGUUGAAGUGGAUCUUACUCAGCCCCUUCCUGAUGUUGUGGAGUUUCAGAGACAAAGUGGUGAGGUUGUUGAGGUUCAGGUUCAUUACCCAUGGGUUCCUCCAACUUGUUCUCAUUGCCAUGAGUUAGGUCAUAUCAUCCGAAACUGUCUUCUUUACUCUCCCCCCCCUCCACCUCCUCCUCCUGCCCCUCCCUCAAAAAAGCCUAGCCCCCAAUCUUCAAAAUCGCCUUUCAACUCUCCUCUUCCUUCCAAAACUCCAAGUAAAGACUGUCCUGGCUCAUCCCGCCCUACUACUCGCUCAACUACCCGGAAUAAGUCUCUCAUCCCGCCCAUCCAACCUUCUAAAACCUCUUUUGACUCCCCCUCUUCCCAUGCUUCACAAAAAGACCCUUUAAAAAAACCUUUUUCUUCUCCUGUGAUUCCCAAACCUUCCCUAAAGCGCUCCCGUUCAUCUCCCACUUUUUCUCCUACCCCUGUUACUAAUCGUCCCCCUGUUCUGCCUUUAAAUUCCGACCCUCUUCAAUCUCUUUUAUUUUCAGCCAACCCUUUUGCAAUCCUCUCUUCUGACCCUCAAAACCCUCCACUACCCCAAAACUGCCCCUCUUCGGCUGUGUUACCUGUUCCUUGCUCUCUGAGUGAGGACCCCCCUGCCCUUUCUUAA